CCAACUCGUCUCCCUCGCCUCUCCGGUUCUCUUCUCAUCGGCGCGGCGAGGCGGAAGAGACCGGAACGGGAUCGGCGGCGAGAUGUGGGUGUUCUACAUGAUAUCGCUGCCGCUGACGGUGGGGAUGGUGGCGGCGACGCUGCGCUACUUCGCGGGGCCCGCCGUGCCGGCCCGCGUCCUCGCCGUCGUCGGAUACGCCUGGCUCUGCUCCCUCUCCUUCGUCGUCCUCGUUCCCACGGACAUCUGGAUGGCAAUUUCAGGGAAUCAGAAGAGUGACGUCGGAUUCUUUUGGAGCUGGUCAUAUUGGAGCACAUUUAUCCUAGCAUGGUCUAUUGUUCCCACUCUUCAGGGCUAUGAAGAUUCUGGAGAUUUCACAUUCAAAGAAAGGCUGAAAACUAGCAUCCAAAAGAAUAUGACAUAUUAUGCAACCGUGGGAUCCACUGGCCUUUUCGGACUCAUUUUGAUCAUUGUCAUGCGUCAUGAUUGGGUUCGCGGUAUCUUGGGCUUUGCCAUGGCAUGCUCAAAUACCUUUGGCUUAGUGACUGGUGCCUUCCUGCUGGGUUUUGGCUUGAGUGAAAUUCCAAGGAAUAUAUGGAGAAAUGCUGAUUGGACUCUACGCCUACAGUUUUUAUCUCACAAAGUUGCGAAGAUGGCUAAAGAGCUUGAUCAUGCUCAACAAGAAUAUUGCAGUGCAAUAUUUGUUGUUCAAGCCACCUCGAACCAAAUGUCCAAGCGCGAUCCAUUAAGACCUUGCAUGGAUAUCAUUGAUAAUAUGCUGGCUCGAAUGCUACAAGAUGAUGCAGCAUUCAAGCCUUCUGGCGGGAAAUUAGGGGAAAAUGAUAUGGACUAUGAUACUGAUAACAAAACAAUGGCUACACUCCGGCGUCAACUUAGGAGAGCUCAUGAGGAGUAUUAUAGGCGUAAAAGUGAUUAUAUGAAUUGUGUAAUGGAAGCCCUUGAGCUAGAAGACACUAUUAGAAACUAUGAGCAACGUGAUGCCAGUGGAUGGAAAUAUCUAUCAAGUUUCAGGGAAAAUCGAUCAGGAACACUGGGGUCGUUCCUUGACUCCACAGAGUUUUUUUGGCGCUGUUUACUGAGAAAGCAACUUGUGAGAGUACUUUCUGUUAUCCUUGGCUGCACCUCGGCUUCCAUACUGUUGGCUGAGGCAACAUUGCUGCCAAGUAAUGUUGAUCUGUCACUUUUCUCCAAUCUUAUAAAUGCUGUAGGAAAGCACGAAGUUCUAGUCCAGGUUGCUGCAUUUGUUCCCUUGAUGUACAUGUGCAUUUGCACAUACUAUUCUCUGUUUAGGAUUGGGAUGAUGCUCUUCUAUUCGUUGACCCCAGGACAAACUAGUUCCGUCAGCUUGCUUAUGAUCUGCUCAAUGGUUGCAAGAUAUGCACCUCCCAUUUCUUACAACUUUUUGAAUCUCAUUCACCUUGGUGGUAAUGCUAAAACUACUUUUGAAAAGAGGAUGGGAAAUAUUGAUGAUGUUGUUCCUUUCUUCGGGAGAACCUUCAACAAAAUCUACCCACUCAUUAUGGUUGUUUAUACUCUACUGGUUGCCGGUAAUUUCUUUGAGCAUCUGAUGGAAUUUUUUGGAAGCCUGAAAAGAUUCAAGUGCUGGACUGAUCAAGAAGAUAUGGAUGGGUUGGAUCCAUCAGGAAUGUUUAUUCUGCAGAAAGAGAGAAAUUCGAUGGAACAGGGACGCAAGGUCAGUGAGCAUGCAACUCCACUAGCAAGAAAUUUCAGCAGUAUAGGCAAAGACGUGGAAUCGGGAAAUGAACCAUUGGGUGAAGCUGAAGCAACAGCGGAGAUGAAGUCGGAAAGAACCACCCAAACGAAACGCAGUGGUAAAGUCGCCCACAAAUAUUCUUCAGUUAGAGAAGAUCAGUUCAGCAGUCCGAAAUCAGUGGAACAACUGCACAAGGAGCACUCAUCGGCCUCCAUCUCCAUUAAUCUUGAGGACGGGAGCUCUGAAGAGCCGGCUUCUGCGAGUAUAGCACCAGAUUCACCUGCUGGAACGGCCUCAAGAUGGGCCUCAAUCAGGACGGGCUUUCAGAACUUCAGAGCAAGCCUGGGCUCCAGGAAGUUCCUUCGUUUGAGCCCGUCCUCGAGCCUCGGGACGAAUGCGUCCGCUACGGAGUCGCUCGAUGAGAUCUUCCGGAAAUUGAAACGGAGUUCGAGCAACGCGGACGCCGAUCACCUCGAUGACGAUGGGUUGCCUUGACGACGACGGCGGUGGCGACCGGCGACAACACUAAGGAACGCAGCUCUUGAGAGAUCAUCGAGAUCGCUUGACGUGUCUCAAGGUAGGAAACGAGAAAACUCAGGUUGUGAAGGAUUCUGUGGGCCUGUUCGCUUCAGUUUAUUCAGCCGGCUUAUCAGCCAACAAGCAGUGUUUUCCUCUCACAACAAAUCAGCCAUUUUAGCUUUCUGUAUGACAGUAGAUACAGACAGAAGUGGACACAGGAAUACAUGAUGACAGGACUUGACCAAAGGUACAGGACGUAUAGAUUUUUGUAGGCUUCUGCGGGCUGGCGCGGGACCCAGGUCACUAGUUCUUUUGGAGAAGUGUAAACAGGAACAGGAACUGGUGUCUGGUAACAUGAUGCUCUGUCCUGAGCGUAGGAGGCUAGACAGGGCAAGUGUCUCUGUGUCUGGUAACAAACUAACAAAGAUGGGGAAACGCAAAAAUGUGCUGUGUUUAUGCAAGUUUUA